AUCAUUUUUCCAUUCUUUUUUCCAACAGUUCUUACAUUAUUUCAAACAUAUCUUUUUUUUUUGUUUUCUUACUUACAUUACUGAACAAUGUCAUUUCUUCCCAAAACACCUAUGAAUCCUGAAUAUUAUAAUUUGGUUUUGCCUGGCAUCACGUCCAAGACACGAGAUACAGUGAACAAACUUCUCAAGGAUAAUCACGAUACCCAUCAUAUUUUCUUCAAUGACAAGAAAUUUCAUAACCAUCUCACUCAUCAUCUUCUAGCAGCUUAUUCUUUUGGUGCCAACGAAGAACGACUUGAACAAAUCUACAAGGAACAUGCCAGCUAUCAACGACCAUUACCAGCUCUCUUGGACCAACCUUUGACGCGUGAUAACUAUCACGAACACCUGGGCGAAGCAAAUGCUUAUACUAGCUUUUUAAAGUUCUUUGAAACGGAGAUUGAACAACAUGGUAUGAUGGACACUAUUCGACGAUGGAUCUGGUCUGGUGACAUGGUAGCAAGACUUUUUGGUGGGUUAUAUCAUCCUUUGAUUCAUCUUGGCUAUGGUGUUGAAUUUGAUGUUCCUGGUCUAGUAGCAGAAGGUUUAGCAUUGGCAGCAUGCACAGAAGCAAAACAUAGUUCAGUGAUCAGCGAUAGUCCUCCUCUUGCUGAUGCCAUCACCAAGGUCUCUCCCAUCUCAACGAUUCCUGUACAACAACAAAACUCAAAAGAUAGCGAUAAGAAUGUUUUACUUGAUAUUUUACAAGCGAUUCGUCAAGAUGCAUCUUUCGAUGAUACUUUAUGCAAAGAAGAUGAGGAUCCUUUUAAAACACUUUUUUCUCAAGCCUUUGUCGUGGAUAAAAUCAAGGGCUAUGCGAAUCAAUGGAAACAAGGCAAAUCGUGGACAACAAGACAAGAUAUCAGGUCUCGCUUGAAAGAAUUAUAUACAACAGCGGUGGUUAUGCAUGGUGCGACUGGGUUCCUUCCUCAUCAAGUACAUCUUGACUUUGUUUUGAUGCAUGGUUUGACGUCUUCUUACUUUAUACAUAUCUUGGUGCCUUACUUAUCUGUGGAAGAAGCUGCGUCUUUAUUACAAGCACAUUGGUUUGUGACAGUGACCUUCUUUAUCGUGGUUGGACGACCUGAGGUCAAGAUGGAUCAUUUAUUGGAGUAUGUUUCGCCCAAUUUCAAGAAUGUGGACGCUCAACUUCCUCAUCGACAAUGGUCUCGCGUCUUGGAAGCAACUGUGGAUGAAUCGGAUCAUGUUAUCAAGGCAAUCCGUGCGUGUGCUCAUGCCCAGAUUAUGUACAAUGAUGAUCCUGAUUGGUUUGAUGAUGCUCUUUAUCUCAAGGCUGCGCAAUUGACCUAUGAUUUACAUGGAAAAUGGACUUUUGGUGUUGGUUAUGAG